AGCCAGUAGAACUACAUUUCCCAGGAAUCCGUUUUCUAUGGUCUGUCUCCUUGUUGCUUCAGGACUGGAGCCUUCUUAGGCUCACUGGAUAAGGACUCCAAAAGUGCGAAGUGACUAGAUGGGCGCCAAGGUGACGGACAGCUAGGGAACGGAGAGUGGCCCCGUGAUUAGGAAUGCCUGCGCAAAUACUGAGACCGGAGAUGAUGGAUGAAGAUCAGUUAAUGAAAGAAGUCUUGGAUAAGUUUGUUAAUUGUCCCGAGCAAACAUACGAAGAGUUUCUGAGCACUUUUACUCAUCUUUCAAAAGAGGAUAAUGUGGCCAAAGGGGGAGCACAUGGAACUGAUUCAUCAGGAAAUAUAUUUACUGCUGAAACAUUGACCCAUAAAAAUGAGUCAAAUGGUCAUCAUUUUAGAAAUACAGCCGUCUUUCCUCAUACUUCAUCCGAAUGCUCAGAAGAUGAGCAGAUAGUGAUUGAUGAAGGCCAGCAAGUUGGCAGCUUCCUUCAAGGUGAUAUGACCCGGGCUGGAAAGGUGAAGGUGGACAACUUCCUAGACUUAGAAGAUUUGGACAUGGAGGAGAGUGAGCCCCAGAUGAACAAGGAUUGGCUGCUCCUCCCAGGUGAAGUGGAACAGGCUAUAAGUACCAGUGUUCCUGCUUAUGUUCCUUCUGUGGACCUGCCUCUCACCUCUGAGGUGAAGCGGAAGCCCGCCAUGGGAAGAACUCCGAAGCACACAGAAGAGAUAUUUGGAGAUGAAGUGCAACCCUUCUUUCUCGAUGAAGAAUUUGAUUAUGACAACGUGACUCUCACUCCCAAGUUCACUGCUGGAGAGUUAGCAACCAUCCAAGAGCGGGCCAAGCAGAAGAGAAUGGAUACCAAUACAGACUUUUGUGAGCCCCAUGACUGAGUCAAUAGAUGUCUUUGUAUUUAGUUUUAUUUUGUUCAUACUCAACCAACAUUAGAAUAAAGCAUACACCAACUGA